AUGACCACAAAUCUUGUAGAAUCCCUAAACGGCGUAUUUAAGGGAACUAGGAACCUCCCCAUCACAGCGUUGGUAAGGGCAACGUAUUACAGAUUGGGGUCACUAUUUGCAGCAAGAGGCAAAAAAUGGAGCGCUGUACUGCAAUCAGGGCAAAUAUUCAGCGAAUCAAGCAUGAAGUAUAUGAUGGAUGAAACUUCUAAGGCGGCCUCACAUCAAGUUAGACCAUUCGAUCGUCACGAUUACAGCUUCAUUGUUGAUGAGACAAUGGAUCACAACGAGGGUCGGCCAAUGGGACACUACAGGGUGGAACUUCAUAAAAAUUGGUGCGACUGCGGAAAGUUUCAAACCUUCCGCAUGCCUUGUUCACAUGUCAUUGCCGCAUGUUCAACUGCUCGUCAGGAUCCAUUCUUGCAGCUAUCAGAAGUUUACAAGGUCGUCAACUUAUUCGGUAUCUACAGUAGCAGUUUUCCAGUGGUAGCUAGUGAGGACUACUGGCCAACCUAUCAUGGAGACACAAUCUACCACAAUGAAAAUAUGAGAAGAAACAAAAAGGGCCGCCCCAAAAGCACCCGAAUCACAACUGAAAUGGAUACAGUUGAGAAAAUGGAAAGAUUGUGCGGAAUAUGUCGUCUUCCAGGGCAUACGAGGAAAAACUGUCCAAAUGUUGGAACAAGUUCUAGGUAG